AUGUCGCUGCAGAAGCUGAUACAAAACCACUAUCUGGUAGUGCAGCUACGUUUGUUGUACCGUGGCGACUCGUUGGUCAACGAAUUGGCCCUUCAAAGAGCGCUUGUCUCGCGGUUGAACACUCUGGGCAGCGUCUUGUAUGCAUCGUCAAACGCCAAGUCUUGGCAGCACACGUUGCAAAGAAACCCCCCAAAAUUGGAUUUGGUAAUUUCUACAAGUGAUCUACCUGUUCUAGCGUCUAUCGUGCUGAAUCUGAGAGGAUUUGGGGGCACUUUCGAUGCAAAAUCCGCACCUCUCGCCCCAGAUGGCAUCACAGAGAUCAACCAAAAACCACAGCUGCGAUCGGCUUAUAAUGAUUUGCGACGUGGGUGGGCGCUUAACGAACGCCGUAGAAAAGUAAGGUCACGAGAAGUGCGAUCUUUCACAGUUUUGGAACCGUGGGUCUUCGCCAGUACUCCGUCUGAAACUGUAGCCACAACGGAUAACGAUACAGUGACCUUAGCACUUGAAAAUGCGAGCGAUACAGUCGCAGUGGACCAAGAACACGAUUUUAGAGGAAGCAGGUUCUUCAAAUUCGAUAGAUGGCAGCCUGCGAACAAUAAGAUUACCAGUUCCAACUCAAUAGGAUCACCGUCAGAUCCUACCAAAAGAUUGCCACAACUAAAGGACGCAUUUUACGAUGAAAUUGGUUUGCUAAGGCCCCUUGACCGGCGGUAUGUAUGUUUGGAGCCAAGGCUUUACAAAGAUUUUGGUGCGUUACCUAAGGGUUUGAGUCAAUGGUUUGAGGGCUUGGCUCAAGGAAAUUUCGAUCUUACAGCCACUGAGCAGGAUAAAUUGGGAAUUCUUCUCAAGGGUUUUAAAGGUUUUUCGACAUAG